CUAAUAGCGCUGUCCCUUUACAACAACACAAAUAGUUUUUGUAAUUUUGUCCUUGAAACAUUUAAUUGAAAUACUGUAGAAUUCCAUUCAUUCCUAUGAAGGACUGUUCCUACCGGGGAGUGGCAAUAUGGCCGACUAGUGGCUUCACAGCCUCUCAAGGGCCAAUGCAUAUCACCAACAACCCAGGGUUUAUAUACAGCUUUGAGUCACCUAGUAAUUUGAAAGUGAAAGUAAAAAGUACAUAUGGUGCUGCCAUUUUGAAACAACUGCGCCAUGAAGGUUAUUUCUAUGGACGUGUUUUAAGGACGACGUAACGUUGGCAAAAAAAAGUCCUAGGCGAGGCGGUGGGCUGCGGACUAUAAUGAAUCAAGAUAGUUCAGGAGAACAAUCUGGCUUUCUGUGAAAUAUGCUGAGCAACAGUAAACUGCCUUGGAUUUUCAUCCGCCGUCAUUUCUGAGAAGGAGCCGAUGGAAAUCACUUUACGUCUAUGGGGAGAGUGAAGUAAAUAUGGAGGAAGACAGUAGUAAUCAGGAGAGGGUGGGGUCACCGUGUCUAUCCAUGAAGAGUGAUCGUUCCAUGGACAGGCCCAUUAUGUUUGGAAAAGAUGCCAGUGGUAAUCAGGAGAGGGUGGGGUCUCCGUGUCUGUCCAUGAAGAGUGAUUGGUCCAUGGACAGGCCCAUUUUUUUGGGAAAAGAUGCCAGUGGUAAUCAGGAGAGGGUGGGGUCUCCGUGUCUGUCCAUGAAGAGUGAUUGGUCCAUGGACAGGCCCAUUUUUUUUGGAAAAGAUGCCAGUGUAAAACAGGAGAGGGUGUGGUCACCAUGUCUGUCCAUGAAGAGUGAUUGUUCCAUGGACAGGCCCAUUAUGUUUGGAAAAGAUGCCAGUGAGCUGACAGCCUGUCUACUGACAGAGGACCACUUCAGAUGUUCAGUGUGUACAGAGGUUUUCAAAGAGCCAGUCUCCAUCCCCUGUGGACACAGUUACUGCAGACGGUGCAUUGAGACCUACUGGAACCAGCCUGACCAGACAGGAGACUACGACUGUCCCCAGUGCAGAAAGAGAUUCAGAACCCGUCCUGACCUCCUCACUAACUCAGCCUUGGAGAAGGUGAUUGAGAAACUCCACCAGGCAGGGUUCAAGGUCCCUGAUCUUCCCAAGCACUGCUACGCUGGACCUGGAGAUGUGGCCUGUGAUUUCUGCACUGAGAAACAGCUCAAAGCUGUGAAGUCCUGUCUGACCUGCACUGCCUCCUACUGUGAGAGACAUGUCAAGCAUCACUACACUGUAGCAGCUCUGCAGAGACACACCCUGGUGGAGGUGACUGGAAACCUGGAGCAGAAACUGUGCCAACUGCACCACAGAGCUCUGGAGGUCUUCUGUAAGACAGACCAGGUUUCUGUUUGUGUUCUGUGUGCCUUACAGGACCACAGGAACCACGAUGUCAUAAAGAAUGAGAGAGAUACUGUAGAGGAAAACACCAAAACUCAGGAGGAACAGAUUGCCUCCAGGCUGGAAGCUCGACUCCAGAGAGAGAUCACGAUUCUACAACAUAAUACAGAGGAGCUUGCUACUGACAACACUGAACAGAAUGUCAAGAAUGCGACCAUUGAGCUGAACAAUCCUGCCAAGCAUUUCUGCAGAAGCCUGACUGAAGACUGGACAGCAGACAGUGUUGUGGUGGCUGCCCUCGGUCGUCCCUUCGAUCUUGGGAUGUUGUAUGACUGCCGCAGUGACUCAUUUGAUUCAGAUGUCAGUCUUUGGGAUAAAAGUACAAUAGCCUUCAUGCGUCAUUCUCUACCUCGGCCUCUCACAGAGGUGAAGUGUAUUGAAGGAGACUCCCUUCAGGACAGAUUCAGGGCUCUGGAUGUGACCACUCCUCUCAGAGCCAGUGUCCUGUCUGGACUGGUGGAGGUUGGAGGUGCUGCUGGAUACCUGAACCAUCCUGUUCAGUCCACACUGCAGGACCGGGUCACUCUACAGUACAGAACCACUACCAGACUGGACAUGCUCAGUCACAGGGUGCUUCAGGAGGAAAGAGUCAGAACACAACGAAAGGCAACUCAUGUGGUCAUGGCUGUUCUCUAUGGAGCUCAAGCGUUCUUUACCUUUGAUUACAAACACAUCAGCGGACAACACAGUGGUGCAGGAGAGGCAGAUAUACACAGUGUUGUAAAGAAGACGAUCCCCACCUUCAGUGCAGAUCAGAUCUUUUCCAGCUUGAGUGACGAUGAAAAACCAAACAGUUUGUUGUAUCAGUGUACUCUCUACUGUGAUUUAGACCAUAUCAAUGGCUCCAUGACGUAUGACAGAGCUCUAAAAGUCUAUGAAACUCUCCCGAAGCUCCUUGGACAGCAAGGAGAGGAAGCAGUGCCUCUGUACGCCUGGCUCUAUCCUCUGAAGAAUCUGGACAAUUCUGUUGAAAUUAAAUUUUUCACAAAGGCAGAGGGUGUGCUGGACCAUCUGAGGCAGGCCACCAUGAGAUGCCAGGAGAUGAUGACAGACUUCACCAAUGGUUGUGUGAUGAAAUGGUUUCCUGAUCUGAAGUAUAAACUGUCUAGAUUAUCAGAGCUUCUGCAGAAGUACCAGUUGCAGUUUAAGAGAGAGCUGGCCAUGGCAGUAAAGACCAUGAGAGAGAGUGAAGGGGUGGAUGAAAACAGACUGAGAGACAUUCUCCAGAACCAUGACCAGUCACCGUUCUGUCUUCAGUCUAUACAGUUGUGGCUAAACAACAAGGCAGCGGAGGUGAAGUCUCUGAAUGUCUGUAAAACAAGAAACAUCCCCAUAAUGAAAUCUCAGGAAGAGCUGGACGCUGUCCUCAGAUCAUCAAAGGACAGGCUGCUGUGUUUCACUCUGACCUCCCUGGAGGAUGAAGAUCCAUUCCUCUCCACCAUGGAGCAGCACAAACACUCUGUUCCAAUGAACACUGUGAACCAAUCUGAUCUCACUGGACAGCAGCACAAACACUCUGUUCCAAUGAACACUGUGAACCAAUCUGAUCUCACUGGACAGCAGGAGACACAGCGACCAUUCAAACCUCCCGAUUUAACUCAGAAAAUACAGUCUGCCCUCCGCUUGUUCACCAAAUCCUAUGAAGACAGCGGCGAUGGAGAGAACAUCAAGUUCAUAGCAGCAGUUAUACCAGAUAUCAGUGUUCCUGGAUCCUCCAUUCGUCUGUAUCAACAAGGCAGUCUCAUCACUACCAACUUCCAGCUGGGAUUAAAACCUGAUCCAGGCCAGGUAGCAGAGAUAAAACAGAGCUGUGUCCUCCUGACGUUUCCACAGUCAACCAUCAGAAGACCUGAGAGGUACAGAGUAGAGUACAGAGUCAUGACUACUGGUGUUAGCAAGGUUAGCAAACGGCCAUGGAAUGUAGUAGACACCCUGGCUCCUGCAGAAACCUGUCUGGUGCCAGGUCUGAAACCGUUCACACUGUACCAGAUCAGAUACUCUGUUAUAGAACACUCUGGUAUGAGUGACUUUAGCAAGGUCAUUGAGGUCAAGACCCUGAGAUCCCCACCUGAACAGCUGUAUGUGAGCCGGCUGCUGAACAAAACAAAGGAAACUGUCAAAGUGACUUGGUUCCAGCCUGAGUGUGAAGAUGGUGCCUCUGUACUCCACUACAACGUAGACUAUAAAGAGACAGGACUGGAGGGCUGGUCUACCAUGGUAACAGAGGGACCUGAAUGUUACUGUGAUGUAACUCUGAACCUCAGUACCUGCUACAGAGUCAGAGUGUCAGCUGUCUAUGGAGAAGGAGACACCAGUGCAACCAGCAGAGAGACAGAUGUCCCAGUCAAUGUCUGGUAUUUAGACCUCUCAGAGAAUAAGGCCUCCCUCCUCCUAGAAGUGUUGAAACUCCAACCAGAGAAGAAACCAGUAGAGCUGAAGGGCUGGUCAGAUGAAGAGAGUGAAGUGAGGAGUUUCCUUAUGUGUCUGUCCUACAUCUCACAGCUGAGGUUGUGUGUUGGUUAUGGUGAAGAGAAGGCCUGGACAGUUCUGUCUAAACUCAGUGUUGCUGCAGCUGAGUUUGAUACAGAGACAGGAGAGAAUAUCUUAAAGACAUUAUCCUCCAUGUGCAGAUACACAGAUGAUGAUGAUGGUGGUGGUGUUCCAUUUAGAGAGAGUGACUUCCUGUUGGAUCUGUACUCACAUGUGAAGGACUAUGAGACUCAAACAGGCAGGAGUGUCCUUCCAGCAUUACAGACAGUUUACCAGUCAGCUCCUGCAGUCUGGUCCAUACUCCUCUCUGAGAGAAAGGCCUCCCUCCUCCUAGAGGUGCUGAAACUCCAACCAGAGAAGAAACCAGUAGAGCUGAAGGGCUGGUCAGAUGAAGAGAGUGAAGUGAGGAGUUUCCUUCAGUGUCUGCCCUACAUCUCACAGCUAAGUUUCCAUCCACGGAGGUCUGAUCCCUCAAAGCUGAUCAAGUUCCUGGUGGAUCUCCUGUCUCAAGCAGCAGAGUGGGAGGAGCAGACAGGAGAGAAGACACUGAAGCUGGUAUCAUCAGUGUGUACUUACAGAACCUUUCCUUAUCGCCAUGGAGACACUUCUAAACAGAGUGAUUUCCUGUUGGAUCUGUUCUCACAUGUGAAGGACUAUGAGACUCAAACAGGCAGGAGUGUCCUUCCAGCAUUACAGCCUGUUUACCAGUCAGCCAGUCCUGCUAUCUGGUCCAUAGACCUCUCAGAGAGAAAGGCCUCCCUCCUCCUCGAAGUGCUGAAACUCCAACCAGAGAAGAAACCAGUAGAGCUGAAGGGCUGGUCAGAUGAAGAGAGUGAAGUGAGGAGUUUCCUUCAGUGUCUGCCCUACAUCUCACAGCUGAGGUUGUGUGUUGAUUAUGGUGAAGAGAAGAAGAAGAAGGCCUGGACGGUUCUGUCUAAACUCAGUGUUGCUGCAGCUGAGUUUGAUAAAGAGACAGGAGAGAAUAUCUUAAAGACAUUAUCCUCCAUGUGCAGAUACACAUAUGGUGAAGAUGAUGAUGGUGAUGAUGGUAAUCCAUUUAGAGAGAGUGAUUUCCUGUUGGAUCUGUACUCACAUGUGAAGGACUAUGAGACUCAAACAGGCAGGAGUGUCCUUCCAGCAUUACAGACAGUUUACCAGUCAGCUCCUGCAGUCUGGUCCAUAGACCUCUCAGAGAGAAAGGCCUCCCUCCUCCUAGAAGUGCUGAAACUCCAACCAGAGAAGAAACCAGUAGAGCUGAAGGGCUGGUCAGAUGAAGAGAGUGAAGUGAAGAGUGUCCUUCAGUGUCUGUCCUACAUCUCACAGCUGAGCUGUGGUGAUGACAGGUUUUUCCAGACUGUGUGUGAAUCCAUCCCUGUGAGGUCCAGAGAGGAGGACCAGCUGUUAGCCUCUCUCCUCCAGGCCUUGGGCUCCACCCUGUCACUGGGAGGAGUGUUACCCAGGAAAACCUGCAGGUCUGUGGGGAGAGUCCUGGGUCUCUGUGCCUCCAGAGUGGACCUCACUCUCACCCCCAGCAAGAUCUCUCUCCAAGGAGCCGCACUUCUUUUGAGACAUGAGUCAAAGCUCCACAAGCUCAGGCUGAAUGUGGGUGUGGCAGUUAAACUGUCCAGACUGGUUAGGAGGACAGGGAGAGGUGCUACUCCACUGACUGUCCCAGAACUCUCCCUGGUCCUAAAGAGCAGCCAGCCACCAGAGAUUGUGUUAUCCAGGGCUCUGAGUAGUGUGGCGUCCCUGCUGAGAUUCUGGAGGGUUCAGUGUCUGGACCUGACUGACUUAUGGAUCCAGGGUCACUCUCUCAUCACACUGCUCUGUCACCAGGGACCUCUCUCUCUCAGACUGAAUUCAGACACUCUGCAGCAGCUGACUGUAGUUGUGUAUAAAGCUCAGGACAAGGACUUGACUCAGUGGUUCCUGGAGAAGGUUGGUGGAGACCUGACCUCCUGCAGGCUGGACUGGGAAGUGCUUCUCUCUCUGCUGCAGCAUUCAACACACAACAUCACUGUGGACCUCAGGAAGAACCAGCUCCUAGAGAAGAACAGCUCAGAUCUUCUCCCCUUUCUGGGAAGGGUUACUCUAAAGAGGUCCAGUUCCAGCUUUGUAAAGUCCUCCAUCAGACAGAUCUAUGACAGUAGAGACAGUGACUGUGUGUCCAGUUUGUUGAGGUCUUCAGACCAUUGGAUCAACCUGAACAGCAGAGAGCUGGACAGAGUGGACUGUACUGCUCUGUGUUUUACCCUGCAGCACAGCCACCAAGUCAAAGUCAACCUGCUGUGGACCUCCAUACCACCGGGGGAGAUAGAGAGCAUCCUGCCUUUUCUGGACAGAGUCUCCCAACUCAGUGUUGACAGGAGGUUACUACUGAGUUUCCUCCAGUGCUGUGCUGCCUCUCAGAUCCAGCAGGGGGCACCAUCAUCACCACCAACAGCAGUAUGGCUGCUCAGGUCUCUGCAACACAGGCUGGACUUGUCCUGCUCCUCUUCUGUGGACCUGUCAGCUCAGGACCCAGGGGAGGCUCUGUGUCUGACUACUGACCACUGCAGGGCCAUCAACUCUGUUCUGAAGCAGAACCAACACAGCAUCCAGCUGGUUCAAAACCAGGUCCAGCUCAUCCUAAGAGACUGUGAGGUGGAGGACAGAGCACUGAGGGAGCUGCUUCCCAGCCUGCAUAUUGUCAAGCUGAGUCCCAGCAAAGCUCUGUUACUUCAGCUGCUGGACCUUGUGUGUGAGGGGAUUGAAGAGGGGCUGCUGAGGCACGCAGAGUCCCUGUGCAGAGCCCUGGAUGGGGAGCUGGACCUCAGUGAGACCAGGCUGGACCAGAAGGCCUGUGGAUCUCUGGCCAUGGUUCUGGAACACUCAGAGGGUCUGUCAGAACUGGACCUCAGCCACUGUCAACUCACAGACCACCAGCUACAGCCCCUGAUCACACACCUGCAUAAAGUACAAGUCCUGGACCUGAGCCACAAUGACAUCACUGAUGCUCUGACUGACAGAAUACUCCAACUGGUCUCUACCAACACUUCAAUACACACCGUACGACUCUUCAACAACAGAAUCCAGGACAGAAGACCCUUCCUGACAGACAAGAGGUUUGACAUCUGGUGCAACAACAUCAGGUCUUAGUUCAGGAAGAGAAGGCUGAAUCCAGGACAGAAGAUCCUUCCUGACAGACAAGAGGUUUGACAUCUGGUGACGAUAAUGUUGUAUAAUAACAGGAUAAUGUGGUCAAUAUAGAAAGCUUUAUGCUAAUCAUACUUGAUGUUUUUGUGACAUUUAUAGUUUAGUUUUGAUCAGAUUGCUGUGAAUGUGUUCUACAAUUGUUUGUUGAUGACAGCUUUACACACUCUUGGCAUUCUCUCAACCAGCUUCACCUGGAAUGAUUUUCCAACAGUCAUGAAGGAGUUUCCACAUAUGCUGAGCACAUGUUGGCUGCUUACACAGCUUGG